UACAACAAUCUUUAUCAAUCAUACUUUCUUGAUAUCUGCUCAUAGCAGGCACGUGCCAGUACCUGGUUUGCUAGAGUGCCAGCUACUGGAAUGGGUAUUUCCGUAUUUUAAAAUAGAUUUAAUACUUACAUAGCUCAAAAAAUAUUAUAAGAUAGAUCGAAAUUUCAGGGAAUCUUAUAAUCCUUAUAAUUAUUAUUUUACAGAAUGCUUUAUAAAAAAUAAACUAAAACCGUUACACUUGCAAUUUAUGCUUUGCGCAAAUCUGUCCGAGACUGAGAGAUGUACAACCCUAAAAUCGUAACGGUCGUCGAGAUUUAAAAGUGCUGCGGCUUUGUUUCGGUCGCAAAAUGUGGGAAUUUUUCGUGUUCAUUUAAAAAUUACUAGAAUGUCGGAAAAAUUAAAGGAUUAUCAAGUUCUCGAUGUUCUCCGCGGCGGUGCGUUCUACAAAGUUAAGCACAAGGUCACCAAUAAUAUAUUCGCGUGGAAAGCUUAUGAUUGUACUGCGUACUCCGACGAACAAAUACAAAAUAUCGUAAACGAAGUGAAAACGAUAAGUAAAGUGUUAUCUGACAACUUGCUGCGCUACUACGACACAAUACUUCAUAACGCAUCGAAAACUCUGUACUUCGUGCUCGAGUACAACUGCUGGCGCAGCGUGCAGGAGCUCAUCGACGCCUGCGCCGCCGCCGAUCACUAUAUUGCAGAAAAUUUCAUUUGGCAUUUGUUGUUGGACCUCGCGAGGACUUGUAAGCUGGUAGAAGCCUUUAAUUUCUCCAUUAUAAAAAAAUGCUUAACACCGAGCUCUAUUUACAUCGACAAUGACGGUGAAGUGCGCGUCGACUGUUUCCAGCUGGAGCAGACAGCUAGCGGGCCCGCGAACCUCAUGCGCCAGCUCGGAGUCGUGGUUCAUACACUCUGCUACCCUCGACAAACUUGUCACGGGAAAAUACCAGUAUUUCAAUACAGUGACGACCUUCAAGAUAUUGUUUCCUUUGUUUCCGACGAUAGGAACGCGGACUUACGCCCCGAAGUUAUUAUCUACCAUCCGACAAUUUUAUCUAAUGUCGAAGGCACUUCAAAGCCAAAACAUUUUUCUGAAAUACUUGUGUCUAAUGAAGACAUCUUCCAUAAGUCUGAUCUAAACAAGUGUGAUUCAGAAAAGGCUGUAGAAUUGUGUAGGAAUAUUAAAACUCCACCAAAGACUCAAUCUAUGAGACAGGAGAGCCCCAUCUACUCAAAUGUUAGCCCAAAGUUGAAAGCAAAUGAUGAUAUUGAAAACAUCAAGUUAAGAUUUUCUUUGUCCCCUAACUUGGCAGCCUUAGCCUUGGAACUUCCUGGCUAUGUGCCUCGCUGCAGGAAACCAUACAGUGAACUCGGAGACACCUUUACUUUGGCUCAGAAAGUAUCAGAAGAAACUUUAAGUCACCAGUGGAUGUCCCGACUUAAAGCUCUCAAAGACAAGGAAGAGUCACUAAACAAAAGGGAGAUAGACCUCAUAGUGAAGGAAGUAAUGACCAGCCCUGUUGCUAAGUUUGUGCACCACCAGGGCUCAGAUGUUGGUGAAAGUGGCAGCAACGGCAUCACGCUGCCGGCCGUCAUAGCCAGCGCCGAGAAGAGUCGCAGGAAGUCGCGUCGGCGUCGCCGCCGCUCGGGUUCCGUUCGCGCCCGUCCCCGUCGCCAGAGCUACAGCUACGAGGACUUGGACAGCUCCCUUUCCGCAGACACAGGAGAUGGAAGCAUUAUUGUAACAGCUAAAAAGUUCACUUUGGACAAUAUGCCUCGUCGGAACAUAUUCCCCGAUUUGGCUUCAAAAAAUGUACACUUCACACCUUCAAACCCAUUUGUUGGAAGCGAUGAAAGUGUCACUCUAACAUUCUAUGAUUUGGAUAAUUUGGAAGCAGAAGACAACCAAAGCACACAAAAUGCAUCGGUUAAAGACGUAACAAAGUUCAAAUAUUUGGAUGUAGCGGGUGUGAGAGAGAAGAGAGCAGCAAAACAAUGGAGUCACUCUUCCCCGUCCAAGCAGGCUAAAGUGUUAAGUGACAUUUCAAGUCAGAGUUUGAGAAAAACACCAUCUAAGUUUAGCCUCACGUCUCAUAGCUCCAUGAGGUCAGGGAGCUCCACUGCCAGCGUCAAACAAUACCCACAAACACCUGCAGCACACACCGACUUCAAGAAAAGUAAGAUUAGGAAAUCAUUGCUUAACUUUAAAACUCCUUUCAAAUUCAAAUCGUCCACCAAGGUUUAACAUGAAUUGGUAUUUCUAAACAUUUCAACUUGUGACAAAGAUAAUCAACAAUUAAAUUUUUUCUCUUAUAUCUAAGAUUUUACUGAGAUUUUAAAAGUAAUUUUUAUUAUAGUUCUAAUUAUAACUAGUUAUAUAUUGUUUAAUAAAUUCAAUGGUUGUGGUUAAAUUCUUCCUUAAUUAUUAGAUUACUUUAAGUUUUAGUUAUUGGUACAAGUACAACAGUACUGUUUUUGUAUUAUAUAAAAAACGGACAUCAACCCACCCUUUACCUAGAUUAGAAAUUUUGUUAUAGAUGUAAAAAAAAAUAGUUUAUUUAGUAAGUUUUUUUUAGAUUUGUGCAUGCACACAGGCAUUCCUUGUCACUAGUGAUAUUUGACAUUAAAUAACUUUUUUAACUUACAUUUUGUCUUCCAUAAAAUUCUUUCCUAGUUUUUACAAUUUAUUUUUCUAAAGCUCUACUCUUUUAUUUGUAAAUACUAAGAUUUCAUAACUCAUAGGUUUUAAAACAAAAUUUUAUAUGAAAAACAUGUAUUGAUUAC